AUGUCUGGGCUGCUCAUUGUCUUAGCUAACCAACUUCUUAAACUUACCUUAUUUAGGGACCAUUCUAACCUGUCCAGUGGCGGAAUGUCACCGUGCUCCUCUUUCGCAUCCUAUUAUACUUCGCCUGCUGUUAGCCCACUGGUUACUGCUAGCGGUGAUUUUCAGGAGCCCUUGCUCCAGUCACCACUGGGAAGUGGUCAUUGUAGCCCUCGGAGAGGCAUAGCUGCGAUGAGGCAUCCACCAGCCAGUCUCCUUAAAGAGUUAGAUGAGCAGGCCGCAGCAGUCAUGCAGGGCGUCGGCUACUUGUCGGGGGCCCCGGAAGAAGCAUCCGCCAUGGGGGCUCGCGUCUUUACAAGAUGCUUAGCGCAUCAUUCGAAGGCAAUACUUUAUUAA